AUGAGAACAUCUGGGAUUGAGGGUGUUACUUCCAGCUUGGCAAAGUGACUUUUCAAAGGCUCCCCCUGUUCCCAGCGGAGUGGUGUUCUCAGGAGGCUUCAGGUUUACAAGCACUGCAUCCCGCUGGUGGAGUCAGGGGACCUGCAUCUGGCCAAGGUGUCUGAAAUCAUAGGACUGCUGAUGCUGGAGGCUCGCCAGCUGCCAGGCCCUGCAUUGGCUGAACUUGCCACCCUGUUUGUGGAUGUUAUCAAAGGUGGCAGCCUGUCUAAUGGGAAAUCCUUGGAGUUAUUUUCCACUGUUCUCACUGCACUGGCCAGUUCAAAGGAGAGCCUGGCUUAUGGGAAAGGUGAACUGAAUGGGGAUGAGUUUAAGAAACAACUGAUAAAUACUCUCUGCUCCAGCAAGUGGGAUCCUCAGAGUGUGAUACAUCUUGCCAACAUGUUCAGGGAUAUUCCACUGUCAGGAGAGGAACUGCAGUUUGUGGUGGAAAAGGUCCUCAGGAUGUUCUCCAAAUUAGACCUACAGGAAAUUCCCCCUCUGGUCUAUCAGCUGCUGCUGCUCUCUGCAAAGGGCAGUAAGAAGACUGUUUUAGAAGGAAUCAUCAGCUUUUUCAAUCAGUUGGAUAAGAAACAGAAGGAAGAACAGAAGGUUCCACAGUCAGGGGACCUUGAGGUAGCCACAACGCCCCUGGACCAACUCCGCCACGUGGAAGGCACCGUUAUUCUCCAUAUCGUUUCUGUUAUCAACCUGGAUCAGGACCUCGGUGAGGAACUAAUCAGACAUCUAAAGACUGAGCAGCAGAAGGACCCUGGUAGAGCCCUGUGUCCCUUCAGCGUGGCUCUUUUGCUAUCGGUUGCAGUAAAACACAGACAGCAAGAGCAGAUAUUUGAUUUCUUGAAAACAUCAAUCACAAGAAGCUGCAAGGACCUGCAGUUCCUUCAGGCCUCCAAGUUUCUGCAGGAUUUGUUUCCUCAACAAUAUGAUGUAACUGCUGUAAUUCUGGAAGUGGUGGAAAACAGUGCCUUUGGCUGGGACCAUGUUACACAGGGCCUGGUGGAUCUUGGCUUCAGCCUAAUGGAAUCAUAUGAACCAAAAAAGCCCUUUGGAGGAAAAGCUGCUGAUGCCAGUUAUGGCCUUUCAAAAAUGCCAGCUCAGCAGGCUUGCAGACUGGGAGCAAGUAUCCUUCUGGAAACAUUUAAGGUUCAUGAGCCCAUCAAAAGCGAUAUUCUUGAGCAGGUCCUGAACAGAGUCCUCACAAAAGCAGGGUCUCCUGUCAGCCACUUCAUAGACUUGCUGUCCAGUAUUGUUGUGUCUGCUCCUCUUGUGCUUCAGACUUCAUCCUCCAAAGUCACAGAGACCUUUGACAAUUUGUCCUUUCUGCCCAUUGACACAGUGCAAGGGCUUCUCCGGGCAGUACAGCCUCUACUCAAAGUCAGCAUGUCAGUGAGGGACUCCCUGAUACUUGUUCUGCAGAAAGCUAUCUUUUCCAGGCAGCUCGAUGCUCGGAAAGCCGCAGUUGCUGGCUUUUUGCUUCUGUUAAGAAACUUUAAGAUCCUGGGCAGCCUGGCCUCUUCCCAGUGCAGCCAGGCCAUUGGUGCCACCCAGGUCCAGGCAGAUGUUCAUGCCUGCUAUAACUCUGCAGCUAAUGAGGCCUUCUGCCUCGAAAUCCUGGGCAGCCUGAGGCGGUGUCUGAGCCAGCAGGCGGAUGUUCGGCUCAUGUUAUAUGAGGGUUUCUAUGACGUCCUUCGCAGGAACUCCCAGCUGGCCAGCUCUAUAAUGGAAACACUCUUGUCCCAGAUAAAGCAAUAUUACUUGCCCCAGCCAGACCUCCUGCCUCCAUUGAAACUUGAAGGAUGUAUUAUGGCUCAAGGAGAUCAAAUCUUUCUGCAAGAACCACUGGCCCAUCUGCUCUGCUGUAUCCAACACUGUCUUGCCUGGUAUAAGAGUUCUGUGAAUCUCUGCCAAGGAGCUGAAGAUGAUGAUGAGGAGGAGGAUGUGGGAUUUGAGCAAAACUUUGAAGAGAUGUUAGAAUCUGUCACACGACGAAUGAUCAAGAGCGAGUUGGAAGACUUUGAACUGGAUAAAUCGGCAGAUUUUUCUCUGUCUUCUGGUGUCGGUGUAAAGAAUAACAUUUACGCCAUUCAGGUGAUGGGAAUUUGUGAGGUCCUGAUUGAGUACAAUUUCAACGUAGGGAAUUUCAGUAAGAACAAGUUUGAGGAUGUCCUAGGCCUGUUUACAUGUUACAACAAGCUUUCUGAAAUCCUCAAGGAGAAAGCUGGAAAGAACAAAUCUACCUUGGGCAAUAAAAGUCCACGGAGCUUUCUGUCCAUGGGUUUUGUAUCUACUCUGCUAACAGCUCUGUUCAGGGACAAUGCCCAAAGCCAUGAGGAGAGCCUGGCAGUCCUGCGCUCCAGCACGGAGUUCCUGCGCUAUGCUGUCAGUGUAGCUCUGCAGAAGGUGCAGCAGCUGGAGGAGACGGGACAAACGGAUGGACCAGACGGACAGAACCCUGACAAGAUGUUUCAGAACCUCUGCAAAGUCACGCAGGUUCUGCUUUGGAGGUACACUUCAAUUCCCACUGUUGUUGAAGAGUCAGGGAAGAAGAAGGGCAAAAGCAUUUCGCUUCUGUGCUUGGAAGGUUUGCUGCGGAUCUUCAACACAGUGCAGCAGCUCUACACUGCCAGGAUCCCCCAGUUUCUACAAGCCCUGGAUAUUACUGAUGGUGACGCAGAAGAAACGGAUAUUAAUGUCACAGAGAAAGCUGCCUUCCAGAUCCGACAGUUUCAGAGGUCCCUGGUGAACCAGUUCAGCAGUGCUGAAGAUGACUUCAACUCCAAGGAAACGCAGUCACUCAUCACAGUUCUCUCCACUUUGUCCAAACUCCUGGAUCCAGCCUCUCAGCAGUUCCUUCAAUUCCUGGCUUGGACAGUCAAAAUUUGCAAAGAAAAUGCUCUUGAGGAUGUCUCUUGCUGCAAGGGUUUGCUGUCUCUGCUCUUCAGCCUCCAUGUUCAGUACAAGAGUCCUGUCAGUCUGCUGCGUGAGCUCGCACAAGACAUCCACGCUUGCCUGGGAGACAUAGAUCAGGAUGUAGAACUGGAGAGUCGGUCCCACUUUGCCAUAGUGAAUGCCAAGACUGCAGCCCCUACUGUCUGUCUGUUGGUUCUGGGUCAGGCAGAUAAAGUCCUUGAAGAGGUGGAUUGGCUUAUCAAGAAACUCACCAGUCUGGGAUCGGACACAUCAGAAGAGUCUUCUCAAGCAUCAAACCAAACCCAGGCUCUGGAGAAAGGUGUAAUUCUGCAGCUGGGAACUCUGCUGACAGUUUAUCAUGAGCUGGUACAGACAGCACUGCCUGCAGGGAGCUGUGUGGACACGCUGCUGAGAAGCCUCAGCAAGACAUAUGCAAUUCUCACCUCCCUCAUCAAACAUUAUAUCCAAGCUUGCCGCAGCACCUCGAAUACAAUUCCAGGAAGGCUGGAAAAGCUGGUGAAGCUCUCAGGUUCCCAUUUGACCCCACAGUGUUAUUCAUUCAUUACUUAUGUACAGAACAUCCACAGUGAGAGUUUAAGCUUUGCAGAAGAGAAGAAAAAGAAGAAGAAAGAAGCUGAAUCUGCUGCUAUCUCCACCGUCAUGGCUAAGGUGCUUCGGGAGACCAAGCCCAUUCCAAACCUGAUUUUUGCAAUAGAGCAAUAUGAGAAGUUCCUUAUCCAUCUCUCCAAGAAAUCAAAGGUGAACUUGAUGCAAUAUAUGAAGCUAAGCACCUCCCGGGACUUCCGCAUCAAUGCAUCCAUGCUAAACAGCGCGCUGCAGGAGCACAGCACAGAGGAUGCUGAAAACGAGCCCGACAACGACCAGAGCAGCACAGCAGAGCAGGCAGAUGAGAACCAGGAACCCAAAAAGAAGAGACAGCGAAGAAAAUGA